CACGCUGUGUUAGUGUUCAUACUUUUCUUAACGCGGAGUGUCAUGCUCUUAUGAAAAGUUUAGCAAAAAAAUAAGUUAUUUAAAGUGUAUAACAUUUUUCUAUUUAAAUCCCUACAAUCGCUUGUCGAAUCACAAUCAAUUACUUUGUUAAGCACACACCCCAAAUCCAAUCCAAUCUAUAGCCUUUUGUUUCGGAAAUGUCGCAGAGUCGAAUGUUAGCCCAUAAUAACAACAACAACGUUGGAUCGGAACGAAACAGCAAUGGCUCCGACGAUGACGACUCAACACCCCUUUCUACUUUAACAAAGGGGGACAUGAAGGUGAUGAUGAAUCGGAUGAUGAAGUGUAUGCUUCAGAGUGAAAUAAAGACAAUGGUUCGCAAUAACAGGGAUCGGAUGUCCAAGCAGCAGAUUGGGACCGGUAGUAGAGUUGGAGACCUCUAUGUGGUAGAAGAAGAAUCUGAAUCCGUGCAGGAAAGGAUUUUAACUAGCAUGAACCAAAAGGAAGAGGAAGGAAACAUGGAAGAAAAGCAAAAGGAAGGGAUGGGUGCGAGGAACUCUGGAAAUAAGAUACAUUGUUCUGAGCCUAGAAGAAUGCAGCUACGGUUCCUAGACAAACUCCCUUCGCUGUUAGUGACAGGACGCCACAUUAAAGGAGAAAACUGUAGCUCUGUCAGAAUAGGUUUAUUUGAUGAUAAAGAGCAAGUUGUCACAUCUGGGGCUGAAGCCUCUGCAAAAGUAGAAAUUUUAGUUCUUCCGAGAGAUCCUGGUAAGGAUGAAGAAGAUGAAUGGACACAGGAAGAAUUCAACUCAAAGAUUGUUAAAGCUAUUCUAACUAGAAAUGCAUUUCUCAAUCUGAAAGAAGGCAUUGGCUCAUUAGAUGAGAUUUCUUUUGUGCAUAGAUCAAGUUGGAUGAAAAAAAGUGAGUAUAGGCUGGGAGCACGAAUUGUGGAUAAUUUUAAUGGGACUAAAGUAAGAGAAGCAAAGUCCGAGCACUUCUUCUUAAAGGAUUUCCGUAACAAACGGGAUGAGAAGCACUACCCUCCAUCUCUAACUGAUAAGGUAUGGCGGCUAGAAAACAUUGGCAGAAGUGGACCUAUUGUUAAGCGUCUGAGUAAGGAAAACAUCGUAACUGUGCAGGAUUUUCUGAAAAAGUGUGUAAUGGACCGUCAGGGGCUCCGAGAUAUCCUUGGCAAUGGCAUAACUGAUAUGAAAUUGGAAGUCACCUUGCAACAUGCUCUUACCUGUAGACAACUCGACAAGAGGUUUAUCUACCCUCCUCCCAGUUCUCAACAAGAAACUCGAGUAGUUUUCAAUGCUGUUGGACAAGUAGUGGCAAAAGUCUCUGGAUGCCAUUGCAUUCCUAUUGAUAACUUGUCUGAAACAGAAAAGGCUGAUGCCCAGAAAUUGGUAGUAUCUGCAUUUGAACACCGGGGCCAAAUAGUCCCUUAUGAUGAUAAUUCGCCCCCAAAUUCAACCUGGAUGGAGAGUCCUAGUAGUCCUAAUGUUGGUACACCUCACAUGAUUGCUGGAUAUGAUCGUACGCAGCCAAGUACUUCUCAGGGUAUUGUUUCAUCCAAUAAUUCCAUUGGAACUUGUCAAAUGAUUGGUAUUGGCGAUAUGGAGUUCACAUAUGGAACGUUGGAACUUCGAUGUGAGCAUUCACAAGCCACACGCCAAGUUCCAAAUGACCAAAUGUUGGAUUUUGUGUCAAUGUGUCAAGAUAUUGGUAAACAUUUUAAUCAACAUUUGGAGGAGUCUCAGGCUGUCACCAUUGAUAAAGCCCAAAGAAGAAAAUGGUUAAAAAUAUCUGUCGUGCUGAGAUUCUCACUGAGAAAGAGGAUUGAGGUUGAGGAUUUGGAUCACGAUCGGAAAAAGCAGAGACUUCAUUAGUGGACUGUGCAGAAAGAAUGCUUCAAUUUACACUCCAUAUAUAAGACUUCUAGGUGCUGCCCGGCAAGGAUUGUGAGCAGUUGUAAUGUGUCAACUUUUUUUUAUUUUAUUUUAUGGUAGAUUUAUAUAAUAGAUAGAGUUGAUUGUUUAUAAAUGACUAUGAUAAAUCACACUUAUGUUUUGAUUAAUUUGUCAGUAAAAGGUAGCACUCUUGUUAGGAUGCAGUUGUUUUACUACCUUCUGGCUUAAAGCUCCUCAGUUGGUAUUUCUUAAUUUCUUUA